GAUUAUUUCUAUGAUAAUUAUGAUAAUGAUUAUAAUUCGGAUGAUGCUGAUGAUGAUGAUGUUGAUGAUGUUGAUGACUCAGAUGAUGAUGAUGAUGUUGAUGAUGUUGUUUUGGAUGAUGAUGAUUAUGAUUUUGAUGAAGUUUUGGAUGAUGAUUGUGAUGAUUAUGAUUUGGAUGAUGAUGUUGGGGAUGAUGAUGAUGAUGAUGUUGAUGAUGUCGAUGAUGAUGAUAAUGAUGAUGAUGAUGAUGGUGGUGCUUAUGAUCAUAUUGAUGCUGAUGAUUUGGAUGAUGCCGAUGAUGGUGAUGAUCAUGAUGAUGAUUCGGAUGAUGAUGAUGACGACGAUGAUGUUGACGACGAUUCGGAUGGCGAUGAUUAUUAUUUGCAUGAUGACGAUGAUGUCUGUGAUUAUGAUGAUGUUGAUGAUGAUUUGUAUGAUGAUUAUGAUAAUGAUUCGGAUGAUGAUAAUGAUGAUGAUGUUGAUGAUGUUGUUUUGGUUUAUGAAGAUGAUUAUGAAGAUGACGAAGAUUAUGAUGAUGUUUUGUAUGAUGAUUAUGAUGAUGAUUCGGAUGAUGAUGAUU